UUACUCCUGCCACCAUCCUCUCUGGACUCCAUGUCAUCCAACCUCGACCGCGCCAUCGAAAUAGUGCAACGAGCCAUUGACGAAGACGUCAAGCAGAACUAUGCCGAAGCCUAUAAGCAGUACCAGAACUCUCUCGACUACUUCAUGCUAGCAAUGAAGUACGAGAAGAAUGAGAAAUCGCGUGCACUCAUCCGCGAAAAGAUCAACGAGUACCUAAAGCGGGCCGAGACGCUCAAAGAGCACAUCGUCAAUGGGGAGAAAAACAAGAAGAGUGCGCUCACCAAUGGUGGAGGCUCAGGGAACGGGGGCAAGAAAGACGACGGUACUGAUCCCGAGAUGGACAAACUACGCGGUGCACUAUCUCAGGCCAUCGUAUCGGAGAAGCCGAACGUGAAAUGGGAUGAUGUCGCGGGCUUGGAGGGCGCCAAGGCCUCCCUGAAAGAGGCCGUCAUCCUGCCUAUCAAGUUUCCACAUCUCUUCACCGGGAAGAGAACGCCAUGGAGGGGCAUCCUGCUAUAUGGGCCGCCUGGGACGGGAAAGAGCUACUUGGCCAAGGCCGUCGCCACCGAAGCCAAUAGCACGUUCUUCAGUGUCAGUUCCUCCGACCUGGUCAGCAAGUGGCAAGGAGACUCCGAGCGACUUGUCAAACAGCUAUUUGAGCUCGCCCGCGAGAACAAGCCCUCUAUCAUCUUCAUAGAUGAGAUCGACUCGUUGGCGGGAUCCCGAAGCGAGGGGGAAUCUGAAGGGUCAAGGCGUAUCAAGACCGAGUUCCUUGUUCAAAUGAACGGUGUCGGUCAUGACGACACAGGUGUGCUCGUCCUCGGCGCGACCAACAUACCCUGGCAGCUUGACAAUGCCAUCAAGCGACGAUUCGAGAAGAGAAUAUACAUUCCGCUUCCUGGACCCGAAGCACGGCGGCACAUGUUUGAGCUGCACGUCGGCGACACACCGUGCGAGAUGACGCAGAAAGAUUACCGGGUAUUAGCAGACAAGACCGAAGGCUAUUCUGGGUCUGAUAUCUCCAUCGUCGUGCGAGAUGCUUUGAUGCAGCCGGUGCGGAAGGUGCUUUCCGCGACACAUUUCAAGCGGGCCGAGGGUGGAAAGAAGUGGACGCCGUGUUCUCCGGGCGAUGGCGACGCUGUAGAGAAGAGCUGGACGGAGGUCGAGUCGGACGAGUUGCUCGAGCCGCCUUUGCGGGUCGGCGAUUUCUUGAAGAGCUUGUCCACGACCAGGCCGACUGUCACCGAGUCAGAUAUCAAAAGACACGAUGAUUGGACUAAGGAGAGCGGUAAUGACGGGGCAUAGGAAGGCUAUCAUACUUAUUUGUGCAUCUAUUUCUGUAUCAUGGUUAUACCAGCGGUCAUACUCAAGCCGUCGAUGUCCUGCUAGUCCUAGAGUUGUACCCGCAUGCAUGCUAUUGUCGACGGACUAUGGAAACCUCCGAUAUCAUUCAGUCCUGGAGGAACGACUUGAGCCAGGUGGCCUCUUUCUCCAUCUCUUCCAUCGACCUCGGCUUCCGAUCCUCAUCCGCGUCGACCCUUAGAGGCUCUGAGGCCAUCAUUUCUGCUUCGGCCUUCUCGAGCGCGGGGUAGAUCUUGUCGUUGUUGGCGCCAGCAAACCGGUCCCCCGUGUAUUUGCGAGGGAGUAGGUGGAAAUGGACGUGUGGGACGGAUUGGCCGGCGGCUUUGCCGUCCUGACAAGCGAUCGUCAGGGCGUCCGCUCCGUAAGCGCGUUCGAGCACCGUUCCAACACGUUUGACAGCGAGCAUGAGCGAUGUAAGUUCUGGCUCUAGAGAAGACAUUAACCUAGUGCGGGUAAUCCGCAGAGACUUGUCUUCUCUCACCCUCUAGGUCACUUAGUCGCGGGACUGGACGCGUGGGGAUGACAAGCACAUCUGUGAUCGCAGUUUAGCGCAAGACUUGGAGGUCAGCUCAAGGAGAGACUGACGUCCAGGUACGAUGGCUGACGCGAUGGGUCAGAACGAGGCUGGAUCCCACUUGAAGACUUUACGCUUCAGGUUGACGAUGGCGUAGGAGAGGGAUGUGCGGUAGAAGGCUUGUCGAGUGACCUCGAUUGUAGAGAAGAGGAGCGAGCCCAUCGCUGCUUGGAAGUUCUAG